CUUUUAGCUUGUACGUUUGGCUUUUCCUGAUCUUGGCACCCGGAGGCUAGGCACGAGAGGAAGUGCCAGAUAUCAUUAUGAUGGAAUCUGUAUCAAGAAAAGUUCUUUCUUCUAUGCCCAGUAUUGUUACCUUUUGGGUGAAAAAAGGUAUCACAGUGGAGACAUCAUUGGCUUUGAAAAAUCUACUAAUUAUAACAGCAUUAUCCAACAAGAAGGAACAUGUGAAAAUCAUUCACCGAUAAGGACAGAUCCAGUUGGAUCCCCUUUGUCUGAAUUCAGGAGAUGUCCAUUCUGGGAGCAAGAACUGGCAAAGAAGUAUUCCUACAAAAUGAUGGCCUUUCUUGCUGAUGAAUACUACAACUAUUGCCAAGAUAUUUUACAAAACGUGAGGAACCAAGAACUUGAGAGGGUGGAGGACUUGCUCACUUCCUUCUGGAAAUCUCUGCAGCAAGACACAGUCAUGCUUAUGACAUUGCCCGAUGUGUGCCAGCUCUUUAAAUGCUACGAUGUACAGCUGUACAAGGGAAUUGAGGAUGUUCUCCUUCAUGACUUUUUGGAAGAUGUUUCUAUCCAGUACCUGAAGUCUGUCCGGUUAUUCAGCAAGAAAUUUAAGCUGUGGCUACUUAAUGCAUUGGAAGGUUUUCCAGCCCUUGUACAGAUCUCUAAACUCAAAGACUAUGAGAAUGGUGUUGAAAAAUAGCAGGAGAGUCAGCGUUUUGAAGUCAGAUCUACAAGCCAUCACCAGUCGAGGUGCUUUGGACAUGUCUAAGAAAGCCCUGCCAAGUAACCCAAGUAGUGCCACUGACCUGGAGACACACGCGGAGAUGAAAUGUUUAAGCAGUUUGAUUUCUUUGCUGGGGACAUCCGCAGAUCUCAGCAUUUUCCUGAAUUGUCUGUCUUCAAAUCUCCAAACAUUUGUCUUCCAGCCCAGCAGAAGCAAAGAAGAGUUUAUCAGAUUGGCCGCCAGCUUCCAGCUAAGAUGGAAUUUCCUUCUCACCGCCGUGAGCAAAGCCAUGACUCUCUGCCACAGAGAUAGUUUCGGCUCUUGGCAUCUGUUCCAUUUGCUGCUUUUGGAAUUUGUGACUCAUCUACUUCAGUCAUGCAUAGAAGAGGAAGAGGAGGAUGACGACGGGGGACAUCUCAAGGAAAGGCUACCAGAUGAUCAGUCUCUUGUCCAGCCAGACCAGGCAUCUUUCCACCCUCCAGAUUCCUCACCAUCUCAGGAGUAUGAAAGCCCAAGUGUGGAUUCACACUGGGUGACCCUGAAACACAUGGGCCAGAGCCGAUGUCCCAUGGGUGUGAGCAGUGUGGUUCUCAGGGUCCUGGGCUUCCUGGUGGACAGUGACACGGGCAAUAAGCUCAUCCAGGUAUUAUUGGAGGACAAGGCCACGGAAAGCACGGUCAAACUCAGCCUUCCUGUGGGACAAGAAGCCCUUGUAACCCUAAAAGAUGGACAAAAAUUUGUAAUUCACAUAUCAGAUGUACCCCAAAGCUCUGAAAAUAUUUUUUUUCAGGGAAAGCAAUGCAAUAUAUGAUUAUUUAUUUGAAUAGGACAUAAGAAAACAUAGAUUUUCACUCUUAAAAAUAUAUUAAAUGCUAAAGCUUUUGUAUUGGUAGGAAAGAAGAUUUUAUGUACAUAAUAGAGGUAGCAUUGUAUGUAUUGUGUUUAUAUGUAUUUCAAGGAGUUAGUUUUGAUGAAUCAUAUAAACUGAUUUGGAGAAUAA